AUGGUCUGCAUCAGUCUCAGUUUCGCCGGCAUCGACUCCGCCAACCCCAUGGGAAGAGGUCGAGCCAUGUUCCCCGGUAUUCAAGAGGGUAUCUUACUCAGCCAACUUCGUCUUGGGGAUGCUUAUCUCUAUCACGCCAUCAUGCGGAUUGACUCAUGCGAGGCCGUUCCUCUGGACGCUCGGCGUCUGUCUUCCGCAUGGCAGCAACUUAUUGAACGCCACACAAUUCUACGGACUGUCCACCGCGCAGCUUCUCAAAUUCUCCAAGCCGAGUCGGAUGACCGGACUAUUGAGCUUCUUCAGCGCUAUGAUCACCUGGAACCAUCGACGACUAGACCUCCCCAUCGCCCGGUCGUAGUAAAAUGUGAUGAAGGAUCCCUCUAUUUCCGGCUUGACAUAAGCCAUGCUCUGAUGGAUGGAACUGCGAUGUCGGUACUGAUCCAUGAUCUCGUCUCUGCAUACAGCAAUCAGCUCUCAGUCCUACCAGCCAUUCCAUACAGUGACUAUGUUACCUUCAUUCAAUCGCAGUCGGCUGCAGAAGGGCUAGUAUUCUGGUCAAAGUACCUUCACGAUGUCAAGCCUUGUCAUUUCCCCUCGCUGGUCUCCAGCACGAUGGAAGAGGAAAUUAAGACUGUCGUUGUACCUGUGCCAGACAAUGGCAAGUUUCGUGCUUUCUGUCAAACGAACAAUAUAACACUAGCCAAUGUAAUUCGCUUGGCAUGGUCCCUGGUCCUUCAAGCGUAUUCGGGCGAAGACCAGGUCUGCUUUGGUUAUCUCACGGCAGGAAGAGAGAUCCCAGUCAAAGGAUUGGAGAGCGCAGUAGGCCUUUUCAUCAAUAUGCUGGUUUGUGCGACAAACCUAGCACAGGUUGGCAACAAUUCCGUCAUUGCUACGCUCCAACAUUUGCACCAUGAAUAUUUGAACAUGCUUCCAUACCAGCACGUCAGGUUAGCCGAGUUUCACCAUGCAUUGGGAGUGACAGGCAAGCAACUGUUCAACACAGUCGUCAGUUUCCAGCGUCGUGAUGUCGGAAGACUGGUGAUGGGUGAUUUGCAGAUGACAUAUCUCGAGGGACUCGAUCCCACAGAGCCCAUUUCAGACUCCAAUUCUACUGGAGACCUUCUACCGGGUGUGGAAGAGGUCGAACUUUCCCUUGAAGACUUCGAUAGCUAUCCUCUGGUUGUCGAAUGUUUUGUAGCGGACGACAAAGUUAUCAUUGAAGCUCGCUAUGACGAGAAUAUUCUCUCAAACUGGCGUGUGCAGAAUAUAAUGCACCAUUUCGAGCAUAUUCUGGAGCAAAUUACCGAAGCAAAAUGCCUAGAAGCUCCGAUUGCUUCUGUUGCGCUCUUCAGUGACAGGGAUCUGCAGCAAAUCAUCGAAUGGAACCGAGAGUAUCCAGAAAGCGUUGAGUCAACUGUACCAGCCAUCUUCGCUGACCAAGUGUCACAGCGGCCGGAAGCAUUGGCUGUCGAUGCUUGGAACGGUCAACUGGCAUACGAAGAGCUUGACCAGCUGUCAACGACUCUUGCUCGCCAUCUUGUCUCCCUGGGGGUUGUUCCUGAAGCUCUGGUUCCUAUGUGCUUCGAUAAGUCGAAAUGGGCUGUUGUCGCACAAAUGGCCGUCAUGAAGGCCGGCGGCGCUUGUGUCAAUCUUGAUCCUGCCCAUCCCCAAGCACGUCUUGAGACAAUCGUCAAAGAUGCCCAGGCAAUAGUCCUUCUGACUAAUUUCCGUCAUGCCAAUAUUCUUGCAAACUCGGUUCCUUUGCGGACAGUGGCAGUAACAGAGGACUUUAUAUACAGUCUUGCAGGUUGGUCAAGCCUCAAUCUGCCAUCCCUCACCCCGCGGAAUGCAGCGUAUGUGGUCUUUACAUCAGGCUCGACCGGCAAGCCAAAGGGAAUCAUUAUUUCUCAUGGCUCUCUUUGCUCAAGCUCAAAGGCUCAUGGAACACGAUGGGAUAUCGGCCCCGGGACAAGGUUAAUGCAGUUCGCAGCCAGUACCUUUGACGUGAGCUGUGCUGAUAUCUUCACAACAUUGCAACGCGGUGGGUGUAUCUGUGUCCCAUCGGAUGAACAACGUAUGAACGAUCUGUCUGGGGCUAUCAGCAAGUUCCAAUGCAAUUGGGCUUUCUUGACGCCAACAGUUGCAGCUCUACUUGAAAAAGACACUAUACCCUCACUGAAAAUGCUGGUUCUCGGGGGCGAGGCAUCUACGCGCGAUACCAUUGCCAAGUGGCAUAAUGUGCUUGAUCUGCGCAUCUGCUACGGUCCCGCAGAAUGCAGUGUGUACUGCAGCGGUGCUCCCCCAGCUACUAUCAACAGUGACCCGGCCAACUUGGGUGAAUCUAUCGGAGCCCUCUACUGGAUAGCUGAUCCUCAGGAUCCCAACCGCCUGACGCCCCUAGGCUGCGUUGGAGAACUUCUUCUUGAAGGCCCAACGCUUGCGCGUGAAUAUCUUCACGAUGUUGAGAAGACAGCCAAAGCAUUUAUCACGAGCCCUGUGUGGGCAAUCCGCCAAGAUUCCCGGUUCUAUCGUACCGGCGAUCUGGUCAGAGUCAACGAAGACGGAACCAUUCGAUUCGUUGGACGCAAAGACACUCAGGUCAAGGUCCGUGGUCAGCGCGUGGAGCUUGGUGAGAUCGAGCAUGCCAUUCGACUUGCAAUGCCUACCCUUGCCCACGUUAGUGUAGACGCUGUGCAAGAUCCCACCCAUCAGCGGCAAGUUGUGGUGGCUUUCCUUCAUUACAGCAAUCGUAGUGGUCCUGUCGAGAUCAAGGACAUGUCUACCGACUUGCGUGAUGAGCUGGCUGUGCUGCAACAAACCCUCAGUCAGCAGCUCCCGUCGUACAUGAUCCCAUCCACGUUCAUUCCUCUAUCUCGAGUGCCAUUGACUAUGAAUGGCAAAUCCGACCGUCGUCAACUGCGCGAACUGGUUACUUCUUUCUCGAGGGAAGAUAAUCUGGCCUUUUCUUUGGCAAGCAGUGUCAAGCUGGAACCAACCACGCCAAUGGAACUGCAGCUCCGUGCUUUAUGGGCCAAAGUCUUGCAUAUUGAAGAGGAUACUUUGGGCAAAAAUCACCAUUUCUUGCGCUCUGGAGGCGAUUCAAUCAGCGCGAUGAAACUCACUAGUCAUGCCCGAUCUGCCGGUCUGACUCUGACAGUUCAAGACAUCUUUCAGGCUCCAGUACUGGAGGAAAUGGCCAUUGUUAUCUCUCUGAAAUCAGGGAAAGACCUUACGGAAAAGACUUCUUUGCCGUAUACUCCAUUCUCUUUCAUCGACGACAUAGCCAAUGUGCUUCCAUUGGUAGCCUUGGUUGCGAAUACACCCACUGAAAAUAUCGAGGACAUUCUUCCAGCAUCGGACUUCCAAUCCUCUGCAAUUGCCCAUUCUAUGCUCAAGGUUUGUGGUUUGGUCAAUUAUCUUUUCCUCGAUAGCGAUGGUGAGGUCCCAUGGACCCUUGCCCAUGUUCAGAACGCAUGGGCUCUUUUCCUUGAAGCCCACGGGAUCCUCCGGACUGUAUUCGCUGCCUAUGGAGAUCGCUUCUACCAGGUAGUACUCAAAGACAUCUUGCAACAGGUCGCCUGGUAUCAGAUAGACGAAGAGAUUGAAUCCUUCUGUCUAAAUUUAUGCAAAGAGGACGUCAACUCGAACCUGCCCUUGGGCAGUGUACUCACCCAAUUGUCAGUUGUUAGCAAUCAAAACCAUCAUCGACUCAUUCUCCGAGUCUCACAUGCGCAAUAUGAGGGUGUCUGUCUGCCGCGCAUCUGGCAGAGUUUCCAAGAUGCAUUCUCCGGUCGCACGCCUGCUCCAGAGGUUCCAUUCUCUCACUUUAUCGCCGGUAUCUAUCCUGCUAGCCCAGAUGCCCACACAUACUGGCGGAAUUUUUCGUCAAACUCUACCAUGACAGACAUCGUCGCUCACCCAGCCCCGCAAUACCAGAAAGUGUACGAUUUGCACUUGACCCGAACCAUCACCAUUGCCUCACAGGGUGGCUCGGUAUUUACUUUCGCCACCAUCCUAAAGACUGCCUGGGCUCUUGUCCUCUCAUCGUGCUCCGACCGUUCGGACGUUGUCUUUGGUCAUGUUGUUUCCGGGCGCAACCUACCUCAAGCCAACAUAGAUCAGGUCAUUGCCCCUGCCUAA